CAAUACACAAAACACUCACCUUCAUUUCUCAAUUUUCGAUCCACAUUUUCGCUAAUGGCUUCCAAUUCAAUGAGCACUUCUCGAAGCUCGAACUCGUCAUGGACAGCUAAACAGGACAAGCAGUUCGAAAUGGCGUUGGCUACAUAUGACAAGGACACUCCUGACCGGUGGCAAAACGUUGCAAGAGCAGUUGGUGGGAAAUCAGCUGAGGAGGUAAAGCGACACUACGAAUUGCUACUCCGGGAUGUGAAUGACAUUGAGUCAGGACGCUAUCCUCAACCUAGGUACCGUAACACUAAUUGAAGACAUGCAUUAAUAAACAUGUCUUGAAUAAUCAAGAAGAGGAACAUUUGAGGAGAGAAUCUAUAAAUUAAGAACUAAGAAUUCGAUGUAUUGCUUUUAUUGGCUUUGUUUCAUUUCUGUUUGGUUUUCAACCAUGUAAUAAUCUCUCUCAAUUCCAUCCUAAUUAAUAGUAUAUUUUAGUCAA